UGAGCUUGAUCAAAGGGCUUUCCUAUGGUGGCCAGCCAAAAGCUGGCCAUGGGCAACGGUUCGAUUAAAGCCCCACGGCCUGAGGACAGCUGCCUGGCCUCCACCAUGAGAGAUCGGGACCCUCCAGGCUGGGACACGGAGCCCCUGAGACUACGGAUAGCCCACUUGGAAGAGGAGCUGGCCAGGAGGGACCAGGAGUUCCGAGCCCAGGAGCUUCAGCUGCUGAACCUCCAGAGGGAGCUGGAGGCCAAGGUCUCCCAAAUUGACAAGCUUAAAGAUGCCAUCGGCUACAACAGCCUGGGCCGCUCCCCGCCGGCCCCACUCAGACACAGCCGCCGUCUGCUGAGCGUCAUCAACCAGGGCCCAACCCGCUUCCACAGGGUGGCUGUGGAGGUGCACCGCAGGCUGAAGGCCAAAGAAGGCGUCUCGGCCGAGCCCACCUCAGGCCACUUCUGUGGGGCUCCCCGAACCCCCAAUGUGUCCAUUGAGAGGGCUCAUGUCCGCAAGGACUCCAAUACCAAGAAGCUCAUCAAUGAUGCCAUCUUGAACAAUGACUUUCUGAAGAAGCUGGAGCCUCGGCAUACGAGGGAGAUGGUGGACUGUAUGUACGAGAGGGUCUACACUGAGGGUCAGCUGGUCAUCCAGGAAGGAGAGCCAGGGAACUACCUCUACGUUCUUGCAGAUGGAUUGCUGGAUGUCAUGCAGAACGGCAAGUUGUUGGGAGAGAUGCGACCUGGGACAGCUUUCGGAGAGUUGGCAAUACUGUACAACUGUAAAAGAACUGCCACGGUGAAGGCUGUGUCCCAGUCCCAUAUCUGGGCUCUGGACCGACAGACCUUCCAGAAAAUUAUGAUGAGGACCACACAGGCCAGACAAGAGGAGUACUUCAGCUUUCUUCGCAGUGUGUCUCUGCUGAGAGACCUACCUGAAGAAAAGCUUGCCAAAAUAGUAGACUGUCUUGAAGUGGAUUAUUUUGAUAAAGGAGAGUUCAUCAUUCGGGAGGGUGAGGAAGGAAACACGUUCUUCAUCAUAGCUAAAGGAGAGGUGUCAGUAACACAGAGCACGGAGGGCUAUCUGGAACCCCAGGAGAUCAAGACACUGGGUGUGGGGGACUACUUUGGAGAGAAGGCACUCAUAAGUGAGGAUGUGCGCUCAGCCAACAUAAUCUCCAAGGAGAAUGACACACAAUGCUUGGUGGUGGAUAGAGACAACUUCAACCAGAUGGUGGGUACUUAUGAUGAGCUCCAGGCAUACCUUCAGGAAUACGUGGAGGAGCUCUCCAGGAGUGACGUGAGGAGACACGCACUGCCCCAGUCCCCCCUCAUGGACUCGUCUCCAGAGGCCCAGGAGCAGAGGAGGCUGAGGGAGAGGAUUGCCCUCCUGCCCCACCACAGCCCCUUCCAGGACCUGGAGGUCAUAGCCACCCUGGGAAUGGGAGGCUUUGGUCGGGUUGAGCUGGUGAAACUGAAGGAUGAGAACACAACGUUUGCACUGAAGUGCAUAAAAAAGAAGCAUAUCGUAGACACCAGACAACAGGAACACAUAUACUCUGAGAAGAACAUUUUACAGCAGACCAACUCUUACUUCAUAGUCAGGAUGUUCCGGACCUUCCGGGAUGAUAAGUUUGUCUAUAUGCUUCUGGAGGUGUGUCUAGGUGGAGAACUGUGGAGUGUGCUAAGGGACAUGAGUUUCUUUGAAGAGCAGACUGCCAGGUUCUGCAUUGGUUGUGUCCUGGAGGCCUUUGACUACCUCCAUGCCAAGGGAAUUGUCUACAGAGACCUGAAACCUGAAAACCUCCUACUGGAUGCAGAAGGUUAUGUCAAAAUGGCUGACUUUGGCUUUGCCAAAAAGAUCGGUCUAGGGAAGAAGACAUGGACAUUCUGUGGGACUCCAGAGUAUGUGGCCCCUGAGGUUGUCAUGAACAAGGGCCACGACUUUGGGGCCGACUGCUGGUCCCUAGGCAUCCUUAUCUUCGAGCUGCUUACUGGCAAUCCACCUUUUGCUGGAUCAGACCCCAUAAAGAUCUACACCAUGGUUCUCCAUGGCAUUGAGAAGGUGGACUUCCCCAAGAGGAUAAGCAAACGCCCAGACGACCUGAUCAGGAGACUCUGCAAACUAAACCCCGUGGAAAGACUUGGUAACAAGAAAAACGGCAUCAUCGAUAUCAAGAAACACAAGUGGUUCCAGGGCUUCAACUGGGAGGGGCUUCGACGUCUGAAGCUGAUGUCCCCGCUGAGGAGGGAGUUAAAAGGGCCAAUGGACCACAGCCAUUUCGAUAUGUUCCCCCCAGAUGUGGAUGAGCCUCCAGAUGAGCUAUCUGGCUGGGAUAAGGACUUCUGAUGACCCCCCCCCACCCUGGGCGGAACUUCUUGUCAGCCCCAAGAGGGGUGAAUUAGGGAUUACAAGAUUACAUCUACACUGGCAGAGUGAAAACUUAGUUGGAGGAGCCACCACUGAAAAACCCCAUUGCUUCCCUUCCGUUGCCAUGCGUAUCAUAAGUCUGACACAAGCGCAUGUGUCAGACUAUAGGGUGACACCUAUAGGGUGUGAAUUUGCCUGCUGGCAAGUGCAUUUCAGCCCCUUACCGUAGAAACAGUAUUUGAUGCAGGCUACUAAUUACUAAAGACUAAUUGCAUGGACUUGUAUUUCAAGGCCAUUGGAAGGAUCUUACUGUGAGCACCAAGAACCUGUGGUGCCAGUGAAUUGGAUGCUACUGCUAUACAAAAACACACAUCUUAAUGUUCAUAACAUUGCUAUCCUGUAUCGACACUGUCUGUCCCAUCUUAGGUCUACUACGAGAUGCCCUGUGCCUUUUGAAUGAACUCGUAUGUAAUACACUCUGUCAUGUGUUCAUUUCUUUAUUUUCAUUUGGAGUUGGACAUACCAGAAUAAAAAAAACACUUGAAAUCAUUCUUAGGGUCAUAUAAACCUAUUUCUCUCUCUCUUUUUAUUAUCAUAAAUGUAUCUAUUUCCCAUAUUGCUCUGAUAUGAGCGGAUGGUUGUCUUUUUCACUGUAAUCCUCAGGACACAGUGUUAUAUAAUCAGAUCAGGCUGGCUCUGAAUACAACAGUAAUCCACUUGCUUCCCCGAAGGGCCAGUUUUUUUUAUAAUUAUGUUUGAAUAUGCCUCUUAGUAUUUGUGGGAGAUUAUGUUGUUUUGGAAUGUGUGGUUCUUAUCGUGUUUCAGUUAAAUGUUUAAACAUGUGAUUUAAAAGCACUGUAAAUUAAUGGGAUCCACUUCAGAUGGAGGUACUGUUAUUGAGGUCUUUUGUGAGAGAGUUUGUGGUAUUGGUUUUCUUCCUUCAGUUUCUGUUCAGAAAAAAAGGUCAGGAAAUAUAAUGCAGGAUUACUGUUGUUGACAAAAAGUAGUACUGUGGUUAUGGAUGUAUUCCAAAAGACUAAAGUGUUGUUAAAUGUGUUGUUUAUAAUAACAUGUAAUCUCUAUAAAAACCAUCAACC